AUGGAUGCAGUCAUCUUCCUGUCAUCGGUUACGUUUGUUAUUGCGGUGGGAGCUGCCAUCAAACAGGGACGAUAUCGAGUCCAGCUGCAUGUCACAUCAAAAGGCAUGGCCCCUCCAGAAAGUGUGGAUUUGGAGAGAUUCGAUCCCGAGGGAAGCACACCCCUCCAGCCGCCGCAGAGACUGCAUCGCCAUUCACGAUUGGGAAGCAGAAAUUCGAGGUGGCCAGGAUAUGCUGAGCAGCGAAGUCAACCAUCGAGAGCAAUGGUAGACUCCCAUUUUGCCUCAUAUCGCAUACCCGAGGAAGCAGAUACAGGGACCGUCCAUCAUUUCCCGCAUUCGCAUGGGCUGCCUCCAAAUCUCCCAGCCACAUUUCUGACCCCAGUUGCACGAGCCACAACGCCUCAACCAGCCACCGCAACUUCCCCGCCUGAGGCACCACCCCAACUGUAG